GCCGCGAUGUCGUCCCCCGUUCUCCCCCCGCACCGCUCCGUCCGCCGCCGCCGCCGCCGCCGUUUCCUCCUCCCGGCGUUCGCCGCCGUCGGGGCCGCCGCGUUCGGAGCCGCCGCCUCCGCCGCUGUCGUUGCGCUCUGCGUGCUGAGAGGGGGGACCCGUGCGCAGAGUGCCACGGCUGCCCACGUGUUGCUGAGUGCUGCUUCCCUGGCGGUGCCAUCGGGACCCAACUGGCGCUACGAAGAAGGCAUCAGCGGAGUCUUCCUCAGCGGCGACGUUCAGGCGACACCCGAAGGACUGCGGGUGGCAUCCGGGGGUCUCUACCUCCUCUAUGGCCAAUUUGCCGUCACCUGCACGGCCACCUCCUGUCCCCCCGGCAAUGUCACCCUCCAACUGCACCGCGCCGGCUCUUCUCAUCCCCUGUUGGCCGUACCGUUGGCGUUACCCGACGGCAGCGGAUCCGGCCCCACUCGCUCCGGUUUGGCUCAAGCAGUGGGGCAGCUGAGGCCGGGGGACGUCCUCAGCUUUAGGAUGGUUGGGGACGUCCAAGGGGACGAGUGGCAGAUGGCGCAGGACGAGAGGGAGGGGAACUUCGUGGGGCUGCUGCGCAUCGCCGGCGGGGGGUGACGCGUGGGGGGGGGUCCCCCGAAGUCGUGGAGGUGGAGUGCAAAACGGGGCGGGGGGGGGGACCGGAAGGGAUUGGGGGUGGGCGCCCCCCUGGUUGGGGGUUUGGAGAGGUACCCCCCCCCGGUGGAGGUUUGGAGACGACCCCCCCUGGUUGGGGGUUUGGAGACGUCCCCACCCCCCCGGUUGGAGGUUUGGAGUCGUCGUCGUCCCCCCCCCCCCCCUGGUUGGAGGUUUGGAGACGUCUCCCCCCUGGUUGGGGGUUUGGAGACAUCCCCCCCCUCCCCAUGGUUGGGGGUUUGGAGACGUCCCCCCCCCUGGUUGGGGGUUUGGAGACAUCCCCCCCCUCCCCAUGGUUGGAGGUUUGGAGAUGUAUCCCCCCCCGGUGGAAGUUUGGAGACGACCCCCCCUGGUUGGGGGUUUGGAGACGUCCCCACCCCCCCGGUUGGAGGUUUGGAGAUGUCCCCCCCCCUCCCCAUGGUUGGGGGUUUGGAGAUGUACCCCCACCUGGUUGGGGGUUUGGAGACGUCCCCCCCCCCUGGUUGGAGGUUUGGAGACGUCCCCCCCCCCCAUGGUUGGGGGUUUGGAGAUGUACCCCCCCCUGGUUGGAGGUUUGGAGAUGUACCCCCUCCCCACAGUUGGAGGUUUGGA